AUGCGAUGGUCCUUGGUUGGUCGCGUCAGCAGCACGCGGCAGCGAUUGGCGCCAUGCUUCAUUGACUCGGCGUCUACGGACGGAAAACCAGGACAAUUCGAGCAAUCGGAUAAUCAGCACGACAAGGUAACUAAAAUCGAAUCGAGGCACAGCGAUCACACGGCGAAACGAAGUCAGUGCCUGCCACCACCGUUCACCGAAGCAGUCGAAAGUUCAUAG